AUCACCCUCUCUCCCCGUCCCUGCCUGCUGGCCCGCACUGUGCUCGGCUCCAAGCAUUGCAGCAGCACCCGCGAAAUGCGCUUCCUUCCCCGCCUCAUCUGCUCCGCUGCCCUGGGCAUCGCCACCUUCCUGAGCUGGAAGCUGCUGCUCCAGAGCCCAGCAACUGGACACAGAGGUGACCUGGCCGCCAGGGCAGAGGGAGGCUUCACUUUGACCCUGGACACCUUCCUUCACACCCAGCAGCUCAGGAAGAAGAGACUAAGAGCUUUCUGCAGCCAGGCGGGCAAAGUGACCACGCUGCCGAGGAGCCCGGAGGACAGAGCCUGCCUGCUCUCGAGUUUGAGGGUCAGCACCAAGCUGGACCUCCUCUACUGCCAAGUGCCAUCGACAGGGACGGAGGAAUGGCAGCAGCUCUUGGGAAAGCUGGAGAAGGAAAACGUGACGCUCCCGGUGCCGCUUCCCUACCCGUGGCAUCACAUACAGGAGACGCAGCUGAGCAAGUUCAACCUGACGGAGAUAGAGGCAGUGUUAGGGUCCUACACCAAAGUGCUGUUUGUCAGGGACCCUUUCCACAGGCUGAUCUCCACGUUCAUGCAAGGCAUGGGCAGCAGCCCUUCCUUCAGCAGCUUUGUUCAGGAUGUUCUAGACAGCGGACCACGCAAUGCCAGCAUGGCUUGGAAACCUCUUGUGAGCAUCUGCCGGCCCUGCCUUGUCCGGUACGACUACGUGGUGAUGUUUGGCUUCCUCGGGCAGGAGCUGGGUUACCUGCUGCAGAGGGCUGGGCUGCCUGUGGACAACCUCCUCCCCGAGUUCACCGACAGCCAAGUGCAGUGGACCUAUGGCUGGUUAUCAGAGCAGAUGUUCAGUGAGCUGUCCCUCCAGCAGAAGCAGCAACUGUCUCGUUUCUACCGCUGGGACCUCGCUGCUUUCCCGUUCUCCAGCAGCUUUCUGUCAGACCUCCACAGCACCCCGGAGACCUGGUAGCAAUAUCCCAGCUGGAGGGAAUGGUUUGCAGAGAUUUAAUUCAAGUGGAAGUGCUUUGUGAUACCACCUGGGUCACAGAAAGACCUUUGCUCCAGAGCUGCAUGCAGCACACUUGUCCAUGUCACUGCUCCAAAAGGCACAGCAAAGAGCAGAGAUGGACCAGUGCCGGGACAGGGUAUCAAGGCUCUUCACACGGCUGAACUGUGUUUAAAUGUGGCAAUGCAAUAGCAGGCACUAGGGAAACACAUGGCACUGGGAUUUGGAAAAGUGCAUGAGUUGAGCUGUGAUGGGGUUGAACAACCCUCAGCAAGCCUAGCGGUGUGGGGUGGGGUGAGUUGGAGCUCCUGCAAACCACAGCACCAUCCACCUGUGCUCUGCCUGCACUGUCAUGGUGUGUCCUGGGCUCCCUUUUGGGCCAAGAGGUUUAGCGAUGGCUUCCUUGGGACAAGUCUCCCCAUCAGAUACAGGAAGCACUCCCAAAGGAGCGCAUUAUGUGGAGCCUGUCUACUCCACACAAGUAGGUGAGAUAUGACACAGCAUGGCAUACCCUCCUGAGGAACCACUGGUGAUGUUCCCAACCCUUCCAUGCUCAGGGAAGGACAGCCCCAGCCCAUCAUUUGUUUUAAUCCAUGCUGUGUGAACUGUUCCUGGUUUAUGACCUUAACAUCUCCUGCAUGUUUAGGCUCAAGAGGGCCCCAGGACCACAUGAUACUUGCUCCACUCACAAGUUUUGGGCGAGGUUCCCCCUGUACAGGACUGACUCAAAUGGACCAAGCCUAGCUUUCAGCUCCACUCGCUAUGAUGAGAUAAGGACAUGGCAGCCACCCGUCCUCUCCCAGCCUUGGCCACUGACCUGACUGGCCUCUGGGAAGGGUCCAUCCUUGCCCAACACCAAGGAUGAGCUGAAGCUGUCCAGCUUUCAGAUUGUGACAGAUUUUUACCAUAGCACACUUGUUUCCAGAAUAAUUUUUAGCUUUAUUGUGCAGUGUUGUGACGUUCACAGAGAAUUCCGCGUACAUUCAUGUGACAAGGACACUGAUUUGACAAUGCUCAUUAAAGAACAAUAGUGAAAGAUGCUGAUUAGAACUGACCUAAAACUGAAAUUACUGAGGACGUGGCUUCCCUCUCUCUCCAAGGGACAUGCAUUUAACAACAUUUAGGCAUCAGAUCAGAUGGCUUCCUUCCACCCUCACACAAACUACCCAGGUACAGCAAUUAUUACUUAAGUGCCCUUAUUGUGCGUAAUACUGUACAGUCUGUCAAGGUGGCAUAGUUCCUCUGCUGAGAAUACACUUCUGGAAGGACUGUAACGUUAGCCAUGCAUCCAUACUGUAUUUCACUGGGAGCCUUCUUCUCUUCAUAAGCAGCCUUCCCUUCAGCCAUGGCAAGCUGACAUCCCAUGCAGGGAGAUGUGCAUAACAAGGUCUGAUGCAGCACCUAGCAGAGGGCAGUGCCACGCACCGACAGCAGGAGAGCUGUUCUCAGGCAGCUUUGUAGUGCAGUCCGCAUUAUUCCUGCCAGCCCUAAAGUGCCUGGCGCUUAGUUUCACAGGAAACCAAUGUAUGAAAUGUUAAGACACCAAGAGGUGAAAUGAAAACCUCAGCUUCGGGUUCUUUAGGGUGCCUGUCUCACCCACAGGCAUUACUAUGAUCUCUCUGUAAAUUCCUAUGAGUCUCCAAGCUUCCCUUUUUCCUACACCCUCAGAACCAGUUUGUGUAAUUACUUUGCAACCCUGAUUUUAUACUAUCCCCCCUCCCUCAAGUGUUUGAUAUAAUAUACUUUCAAUUCCAGUGCACCCCAAAAGGAAGUGGUUUCCUCCUUCCAUCAGCUGUGGAAGGGUAAUAAGAGGGCCCUGAGCUGCAGAGAGCUUGAGGGCAAGGACUGGGGCCUGGGAAACAGCGGCUCCCUGGUGCUGCAGCAAAAAUGGCUCGACAGGAUAAAGUCUGCACUGAACUAGCCUGCUCUGGCCACUGCACAUACACCUCACGUGGCAAAUACACUUCAAAUUAACACACAAAGCAAAUAACAAAAGAGAGACUUGAUACAUCUCAUUUACAAAUGCCACCUGACCAGGCAGUCACUGCGGCUGUGAGACACACAACCCCCUUCUGAAAUGAUGGAGAAGGUGCCUCCAGAACCAUGAGGGAUAAAGAGCACUUACUCAUCCUGCUGGUGACAUCCCACCAUGUCCCAGACACCCACAGGUCUCUUGUGAACACUGGUGGCUUUCCCCUGAGACAACACUGGAAGCUCCUCAAGGUCAUACUCUUUGCCUGUAGCUCCCUCUGUUCUGCAUUACCACAUGCUCUAUGCUUAAGAAACAGCAAUAUCAUAUUUCAAUUAACAAAACAAUUACACAGCAAGCCCAGCAGGCACAAAAUACUUUCUGCAACU